CAUUCGUACGCGACGCACUUGCACUGUAGUACCUUUCGUAGAGAUCUGGAUGCUCUUUCUGGAGCCACUCCUUGCAUUUGGUCAGAUGUUCGCCGAACUCGCAGUACUCGGGUGGGAAAGAGCACACUGACCAGUGAAUUUAUUUAGCAGAUGACUGGGAAGAGUGUAGAUGAUCAUCCACCUGCGCAAUAUAGCACUUCCUUCGGUUCUGAGUCCUGGGGUUGCUGAGGCUGUUCAUCUGCUGGUUGUUCGCGGUUCUCGUUCUCAUCAGCUCCAGGCUCUGUCGCGUCUAUCUGUUGGCCUGAUGAGUCUUCAGCCGACAUGGCGCUUGUGGAUGGUUGAAGGCAGGUGAAGGUGCGUUACUGCGUGUAUGCGUCACUUUUUCUCUGGCUUGGUGCGAGAUUUGCUGGUAACGUGAUCGACGCUACACAACUCACUUUUUCUUUGUCCAAAGGUCCCGCCGCGUCACAACCCAUCUCUUAUAGCAUCUCUGUUUCUCUUUUCCACGACGGCUGCAUGAUUCAUGAUUAUUGCUCGGACGCGAUGGCUCAACGCGUCUAGCAAAUGUGCACUUGGCGUCGUGAGAGGGCGUCAAGUGUACUCCCGUCGAUGGUUUGCAGACCGUGUUGCAGAUCGUAUUGAAGCUCCUCCACACUUCACCCUGCCUUCCACGCCAGAGCGACGGACAUAUCCAGCAAGGUUAGAGUCAAGAGUCAAACCGUACUAUGUCACUACUCCCAUAUUCUACCCGAAUGCUGCUCCGCAUAUUGGACACCUUUAUUCGCUUGUCAUAGCAGACAUCUUUGCACGUCAUGCUCGUCUUACCUCGCGCUCUCGUACAGUGAAAUUCGUCACUGGUACGGAUGAGCAUGGUUUGAAGAUUCAGAAGGCUGCUCAGGAGCGUAACAUGCAACCCCAGGAAUUCUGCGAUCGCCUUUGUGUUUCUUUUAGCGGUUUGGCACGACAGGCGAAUAUUUCGCAUACCAAGUUUGUCCGUACGUCGUCAGAGGAACACUGUCACGGUGUACAAUCACUUUGGACGAGGCUCAUGAAUUCCGGACAUAUUUACUUGGGCGAGCACAGCGGCUGGUAUUCAAUUUCGGACGAAUGUUUUUAUACCGAUUCGCAAAUCCGUACUGCAGUCGAUCCGAAAACGGGCACAGAAGUGAAAGUAUCCGCAGAAACGGGCAACGUUGUGGAGUGGACGAAGGAGCAGAAUUAUAAAUUUGCGCUUUCCAAAUUCAAAGCCCCGCUCCUAGAACACUUUCAGGCCAAUCCGAAUGCUAUCUACCCUCCGAGUCAGCGACAAGAAAUUAUGGACAUUCUCGAAUCUGACGAUCCCAAGGCACUCACUGAUUUGUCAAUAUCUCGACCAACCUGGCGAUUGAAAUGGGGUAUUCCAGUGCCGGACGACUCUUCUCAAACCAUCUAUGUUUGGCUUGAUGCUCUAGCGAGCUAUCUUACCGGAAUUGGCUAUCCGUGGAUUGAUACAGCUGAUAUGGUUUCAAGCGGUUGGCCAGUGAAUCUCCAGAUUAUUGGGAAAGACAUACUAAAGUUCCACGCCAUAUACUUUCCUGCUUUUCUAAUGGCGCUUGACAUGCCAUUGUCGCGUGCUUUGCUUUCUCACGCGCAUUGGACUGUCAAGAAGGCCAAGAUGUCUAAAUCCGUUGGAAAUGUUAUUGAUCCCGUAGCCAUCCUUAAGGAUCAUGGGGUUGAUGAAGUGAGAUGGUACUUGGCUCGGACUGGUGGUUAUUUCAAGGCCGAUGUCGAUUGGAAUGACGAUCAGCUUGUCAAGUCUACGAACGAACUGAGAUCAUUGCUCGGCAAUGUGCUGUUACGCUUACAGUCUAAAAAGAUGUUGCAUAGGCUACCCGCCGCAUACCAAAGUGUUCCGUUACACCGUGGUAUUCUCUUAACACGUGGGAACGCCCCAAUGCACUUGUUUGAACCAGGUUCGGAAGAAUAUGAUGACAGAUUGGAGGACGAGCGCUACGCUUAUGAAGCAAUUAAGGAAGAGGCGCAAGCCAAUUACGUGAAAGAGUACACUGACAGGCUCGCACGCCCUCGAGAUGUUUAUGGCCUAAUAUCGGAGAGGACUCCAGGCGUCGUCCGGUACUCAGAACUACCAGAACCAGAUGCAACUGGCGAGGCACUCAUAGUUUCUGCGGAGUUACGCGAGGCACUCAACAUGCUGCGCGGGAAGGUCUCGUAUCACUUACAGCGAUUUGAAGUGGGUGAAGCAACGCAAUCAAUCGUCGGCGUCUUGUCUCUGUUAAAUAAGGAGAUCACUCGAAUUCGACCAUGGUCUGCUGAUACUCGACCGCGAGACGUCCUUCACCUUCUGGCCUGGGCCCGGGAGACAUUGCGGAUUUGUGGAAUAUUAUUGCAAUCUUUCAUGCCUACCGCUUCCCAAGCUCUUCUUGACGCACUUCGUGUCCACCCUGGAGCUCGUACGUACGCAUAUGCGACUAUCGGCGUGGGCCGUGUGCGCCCUGGCCCGAUGAAGAAAACUGUUCUCUUCCCUCCGACGGUUGAGAGGACGCUACAGCAUGUCGAGGCAGAUCACAAGCACGACGAGAAUAAGCAGAGAAAAGAGAGCUAUAAGGCACUCAAGGACGGUAGGCCGAUUUAGUGCUUCCAUGCACAGGAAGCACCCAACACACCGACGAAAUCAAUUUUAUUCCCGGCGUUUCAAUCCUUUCGGGUUGGCGGCGUCUCCUGGCGGUAAAAGUCGAAGCAAGCAGAAAGAAAAGAUCCAAAGAAUGCUCGCGAAACUCCGUGACAGUAGCCUGAGCAACGAGCAUAGAGAAUUCCUUGCACAGUGUCUUGCGCUCAAAGCGCAAAAGCAAAAGGAGAGAGAUGCGAGUUGAUUGCUUCCUCUUCAUACUUUGACCUGACCACACGUAGAAUAAUAUAGAGUAGUCGUAAUUGCUAAUUAAUUUAAAUGCGAAAUCGAAGCCCCACCAUGUGUUCGAUGCACCGAAGCAACGUGUUGUGUGCAUCCAGAUGGUAGUGCAGGCUUGUCACUGUACCAAUGCCUCUUUCCCGCUUACAACAGGAGUGGGAAGCUGCUAUGGACUCGGAUUGCUCUUCAUCAUUAUUGUUCGACGAUUCACCCUCAUUGUCGGAGGCUGAAAAGGCUGUAUUUGAAGUAAUCAAAGAUGAUCUGUUUUAUUUUUCAUUGGUUACUUUCAAGGUUGAGAAUUGUUUGUUUCGUGUACCGAGGCACGGAUUCGAGGAACAAUCACUAGUAUUUUGUGAUAUGUUUUCAAUGCCGCCAGCCAAGGGCUCCAGAGAUGUAGAAGGCACAAGCGACGAUAAUCCGAUCCACCUGGAUGCGGUUAGCAAGGAUGAAUUCAAGCUUUUUCUCAAGAUGCUCUAUCCACCAAAUGCAGAAAACAUAUCAUCUACGUUGACUGUAGAGCAAUGUUCUUCACUGCUCAAGUUGGCCCAUAUGUGGGAAUUGGACAAUAUCCGCCUUACUACCAAAAAGCGAAUUCGAGACGUUCUUUGGGACAAGAUCCCUGCUGUUGACAAGGUCAAGCUUGCUCAUGAUCAUCACAUUGAAGAAUGGUACGCAGAUGCAUACUAUGAGCUUGCCAUCAGAGAGGAGGCGCUCUCUGUCGAAGAAGCACAGAGAUUAGGUUUAGAAUUCUCAACGAUAAUGGCACAAGUUCGUCAGGUCAUACGUGCGGGCCCUUUGAUGAAGUGGGUUGCUCCGGCUGUUAUUAGGAAAUUCUUCUUCUCAUGAGUUCGUAAAGGCAGGAUAUUUUGUUAACUUGAAUGUACAUUUCUGCAGUA